GGGGUCUCACUCAGGACCAAAAGCGUGGAGUCCCCGCCCUCUGGUGCAGCAGCAGCGAAGACAGAUGGGGAGCCACCUGUCAGCGGGCUGUGGGCGGGGGCCGGGGCCGCGGGGGCCGCGGGACCGGAGGGUGAGCGCCGCUGAGCGCACGCUCAGAGCAGACAGCUCGCAGGAGGCAGGAGAUGAUGGUCUAAGACCCGGAGGCCUGAGAGUGGGGGAAAGGUAGUCACGGAGGCACAGCUACGGGAGGUGGAGGAUCCUGGAGGUGACAGCAAGGAGAGUACGCAAUGGCGUGGGGCGGCUGAAGCGGGCCCGACGGCUUCGGUGUGGACGCCGGGUGGGUGGGAGACGGGCCCCGCCGGGUCGGGGGGUGCCAUGUCUCGAGAGCGGCCCCCCCGAACCGACAUCCCCCGCAACCUGAGCUUCAUUGCCGCGCUGACAGAGCGCGCCUACUACCGCAGCCAGCGGCCCAGCCUCGAGGAGGAGCCGCAGGAGGAGCUAGGCGAGGGCGGGACGCGCCUCGGGGCCCGAUCCCGCGCUCACGCUCCGAGUCGAGGCCGCCGGGCCCGCUCUGCGCCGGCUGGAGGCGGCAGCGUCCGGGCGCCCCGCAGUCGCAGCCCGGACACCCGCAAGAGAGUGCGUUUCGCCGACGCGCUGGGGCUGGAGCUGGCCGCCGUGCGCCGCUUCCGCCCCGGAGAGCUGCCCCGGGUGCCCCGCCACGUGCAGGUGCAGCUGCAGAGGGACGCCCUCCGGCACUUCACCCCGUGCCAGCCCCGCGCUCGCGGCCUCCAGGAGGCGCGCGCCGCCCUGGAGCCGGCCAGCGAGCCCGGCUUCGCCGCCCGCUUGCAGGCGCAGCGCAUCUGCCUGGAACGCGCCGAGGCGGGCCCGCUGGGCGUGGCCGGGAGCGCGCGCGUGCUGGACCUGGCCUACGAGAAGCGCGUGAGCGUGCGCUGGAGCGCCGACGGCUGGCGGAGCCAACGAGAGGCGCCCGCCGCCUACGCCGGCCCGGCCCCGCCCCCGCCGCGCGCCGACCGCUUCGCCUUCCGCCUGCCUGCGCCGCCUAUUGGGGGCGCCCUGCUUUUCGCCUUGCGCUACCGCGUCACCGGCCGCGAGUUCUGGGACAACAACGGCGGCCGUGACUAUGCUCUCCGUGGGCCCGAGCACCCGGGCAGUGGCGGAGCCCCGGAGCCCCAGGGCUGGAUCCACUUUAUCUGAGACGCCUGCGGCGGACGGCGGAAAAACCAAAGGCACCCGGGGGCUGGGGGAGCCUGAAGAUGUGGCAGGGAGGAAUGGGAGAAACCGAGAUUGGCGGGGAGCUGUCCGAGAGAGUCAAGUGGAGGAGGGCGAGGAGGAUGGGAGAAAUCCCAGGGGUGUGGGGCGUGGGCGGAAGCAACGAAGGUCGGGAAGACUGGGGUGGGAAACGCUAGUUGGAUGUGAGUGGACGGAGCCCAGGACUUAGGAGGAAGAAGACCGGAAAGGGCGCUGGGAGAUUAGAAAAAAGCAGAAUAGGGAUGAUGGUGACUUCCUCUUCCAGAAGUGGGCACUGGGAGAGGGUGCCUGGGUUCGUCAGGCCUAGGCAUUCGAAGCUUAAGGUACCUCUUUGGGAUUGAGGAGGUAUUUUGGGUGAAGUAGGAGCCCACCCCGGUGAAGUCAUUUAGAUUGCUGGCUCAUUCCCUCUUACCGCAUUUGCCACCUCAGGUCCCCCAGCCCUGCCCAUCCCUGCUGUAACUCAGCCGUAAUUGCCUUGCUUACGUUCUAGGAACUUGGCCAUUGCUCCCAGUCCCUGGCAUUAUGAUAGGAUUCCCUUGUCACCCCUGAUGGUCCCUGGCCUCAGUCUCCGGGGACUGGCUGGGGAGUGAGGGCAGGUAGCAGUCAGAGCUCCUUCCUCCAACCUCCAGGCAGCCCUGGGGAUUAAAAUGAAGGCAAAACCAACUCCAGGCCUGUUCUUGAGGCCAAAUAAUGCAGCUCCUAAGAGGCUGGUACACUCAGGGGCUUCCAGAAAAAUGCGUCUUGCCUUUCUGGGGUGCCUUCUAAUGACCUCUAAGCACUUUAUGGACUGUAUUUGAAAAGGGACAGUGAAUCACGAGAAUCACUAUUCUGAUUCUUUCUGCCUCAGAAGAAAAGGAAGUCACUCACUAGCUGCAUAACUUUGGGCAAGUUGCCUCACUUCACGGGUCCCAGUUUCCUCCUUGGAAAAUUGGAUUUGGAUUAGGUGAUCUCUUAGGGCCCCUUCUUGCUUUGACAUUUUAUGCUCUGUGAGUGGCAGAGUGUGGACUGAAGCCACACUCUCCAACCUACAGUUUGAGUGCUACAGUUCAGAACACACAGCACACCCAGUGUCUGAGGAUGGGUCCUGCAGUUUUUGACACAGAUGUUCCAGAGCCUAGGAAGCAUCCCAUAGUCAGCCUGCAUCCUCAGGGUAUUCCAGGGCCUCUUUCAAGCCACAGUUCAACUUCUGUCUCUUGCUUUUUGCUCUUGCCCUACAGACUUCCAGCCUGAGUGCUCUGAGACAACUUGGGGGAGGUGUCUCUUGGAGAAAAUGAUGCUUGGGAGCCCCAAAGAUGAAAGGAAACAAUGUUGCGGGCUCUCUUGAGGAUAAAGGACUGUGGGUAUAAGAAAUGGAAAACAUUUCAACUCAA